AUGAGCAGUGUUCACCGCCACCUCGGAUUCCUGCUCCUGACCGAAGCGGUGCUGUGUGCUGCCGCCACACGGUUUCAAGAUGUGCUGAGCCACGGAAGAACUUCUGUCACAUCCUACAAGAAGCUACAAGGCUGGUCUAGUGAUCAAAAUAAAUGGAACGAAAAGCUUUAUCCUUUCUGGGAAGAAGGAGAUCCCAGAUGGAAGGACUGCUGGAAAGGUGGAAGGGUGACAGCCAAAUUGGACACUGAUAGCCCAGCACUGGUAGGAUCCAACGUGACCUUUGUUGUGACUCUCCAGUUUCCCAAGUGCCAAAAAGAAGAUAAUGAUGGCAACAUAAUAUACGAGAGAAACUGUACCCAGGAUCCUCCAGCUUCCCAGGAUCAGCAAGUCUAUGUCUACAACUGGACUGAAUGGAUCGACAACUGUGGCUGGGAAAACUGCACAAGCAACCACAGCCAUAAUGUAUUCCCAGAUGGGAGACCUUUCCCUCAUUAUCCUGGCUGGAGAAGAAGGAACUUUGUCUAUGUGUUUCACACGUUUGGUCAGUACUACCAAACAACUGGACGAUCUUCAGUGAUGUUUUCAGUCAACACAGCAAAUAUCACUCUUGGCAAACAUGUGAUGGCGGUAUCCAUUUACAGGAGAGGGCACUCAGCAUAUGUUCCAAUUGCAACAGCAAGUGCCAUUUAUGUUGUAACAGACAAAAUUCCAAUAUUUGUGAGUAUGUUCCAAAAACAUGACCGCAACAUCUCAGACUCCAUUUUUAUCAAAGACUCACCAAUCACAUUUGAUGUGAAGAUCCAUGAUCCCACCUACUAUCUUAAUAACUCUGCCAUCUCCUACAAGUGGAACUUUGGAGAUGGAAGUGGCUUAUUUGUAGCCAGCAGUUCCACUACAACUCACACCUACACUCUGCAAGGGAACUUCACUCUGAAUUUAACUGUCCAAGCCAUUAUACCUGUACCUUGCCAGCCAGUAACACCUACUGCACUACUGCCCACCUCAGCAGUAACGACUGGAGUAUCUUCUAAUUCAGACACUUCUACCGCUGUCGAGUCAAUGGAAGAUAAUCCUGAUGGAGGCUGCCAUAUUUACAGAAAUGGAUACUAUAGAACUGGUAUCUCUAUCGUAGAGGGAAUCCUUGAGGUAAAUAUUAUUCAGAUGAUGAGCAUCCAGAUGACAGAAAGUCAAGCUGAAAACUCACUGGUUGACUUUGUUGUUACCUGCCAAGGGAGUCUCCCCACAGAUGUCUGUACAGUAGUUUCUGACCCGACGUGCCAGGUGUCCAAGAGUGUGGUAUGCGACCCCAUCAUCGUCACUGAUGAAUGCCUACUCACCAUCAGGAGAGCUUUUGAGGAACCUGGAACAUACUGUAUAAACAUCACCUUGGGGGAUGACACAAGUCAAGCCCUUGCCAGCGCACUGAUUUCUGUAAAUGGAGGAUCAUCAUCAGGAACAACAGAAGGUGUCUUUAUCUUCCUUGGUUUGUUGGCAGUGUUUGCCGCCAUUGGGGCUUUUGUCCUUUACAAGAGAUACAAGCAAUACAAGCCUAUUGAGAGAAGUGCAGCACAAGCAGAGAACCAGAAGGGACUAACUGCUUACUUCAGCAAUUUCAAAGCAAUUUUCUUCCCUAAUAGUACUGAGAGAAAUCCUCUCCUGAAAAGCAAACCAGGCAUUGUUUAAACAUUUAGUCUAACACUGACUAUUAGAUUACAUACAGAACUCGUAUCUGAACUGUACUUUGAUGGGGUUUUCUUGUUGUUAUAAAAAAAAACAGGGGGUAAGGUGAAAGCACAUGUAGAUGGGAUGGUAACUUUUGGGGGCUUGGUGAAAUUUGAAAUAUUAAAAUAGUCCUUCAUAGGAAACAGUAAGGUAGUUUUGAGCACUCGCUGUUCUUGCUUGUGAUCUAAGAUACACUCUUCUGAAUAACUUACACCCCCCUCUCCCUUAUCUGGAUUUUCUUACUUCUAGGUUAACUACCUGCAAACUAAUCAGAUCCAUAAUCUGGAGGGGGAAAACAGGUUAAUU